UCUCUCUGUCUCUCUCCCUCUUCUCUUUUGUCGUGCUCAAAUCACAAACCACCCCCUUCUCCUUCUCUCCUUAUGUAUUUCAACGACGGAGCUUCCACCGUUUGAAGGGAGGCACCGUUGGGUCAUUGUGUCCCUAUUUCACUACUAAAUUCUGUUUCAGCACCCCGUCGCGAGAUCUCUGGUCUAGGGGUAGCUCAUCUCAUUCUUUCGGAGAUGAGUCAACUGGGUAUGAUGCUGCAGGAAUCGUUGCGAGCUGAAACGGAGGCAAGAACCAUUCUGGGUCUCUUAACGGACCAGAUGGACGGCGUUGUCCACACAGGACAACGCAGAAGGAGAACUCUCAAGGACCGCUUCAGAUUCACCGGAAUGGGUUGCUGCGGUGCCACCUGGGUUUUCCGUCCCUCUCCCCUAACCCUCACUACGCACGCUGCACACCAACAAGAGGCGCCUGAGGCUGGAGCUGCAGUAGCCGCAUCACCGCCGCAAGAAACGGACCCGGGUCAAGAUCCGAACGGGGACGGGCCCGAAUGCGAACGGCCCUCUACAGGGAUGAAUCUGGCGGCGGCAUUGGCGGCGGAGCGUGAAUUGCGGGGUUCGCAGGAGGAGGGGGAGAGGGAUGUCGGGGGAUCGGAGACGCCAUGGAGGAUGUCGCUGAUGCGGCUGCUGGAGGAAACGGAAGGAGGAGGGGGGAGGGGUGGUGGUGGGGAUAGUGAAGAAGGGGGUGAUUGGGUGUGCUGCGUGUGCAUGGGGCGGAAGAAAGGCGCGGCGUUCAUACCAUGUGGACACACGUUCUGCAGAGUGUGCUGUCGAGAGGUCUGGUUGAACCGGGGCACCUGCCCUCUUUGCAACCGUUCCAUUCUAGAGAUUCUCGAUAUCUUCUAAAAAUCUGAACCAACCAACCAUUUCUUUUUUUCUUUCUUGGAUCCCUCACCUCCAGCAUAACAGAUACUACCACUUCAAAAUUUGAAAUUCCCUCUCCCAUCCUUGUCAUCUCUCAUCUAUGUAUGCUGUUAUUUGUCUCUUUAUAUUACUCUCCUCUUAGCACUCGCCAACUUUUGUCUCUCCUUAUCAAAUGGAUUCUCUGUUCUACGAAGAAAAUUUUGACAUCUGUAUUUCAGGAUUUCUAUUGUAUAAAUGUAUAAUAUCAUUAUCCUUUUUUUUUAAGUACAGAUCCUCUUUUAAGUUGGCAACUCCAACAUUGUCAAAGUGAAAAACAAUAAAUAACAAAGAAAACGAUUGUGGUAACUGGUAACAGCAUUGAAGAGGAUGAUGCUGGUUUAAGCGCGCAUAACGAGGAAUAUUAGAUUUGGUUACAGCAUUGUAGUCUUUGUUGCCUAUAUAGAUAGAUGGUGCCGUGUCAUUUGCGAAAUUAUAGUUUUGAUUUUGUCCUGCACUACUUUAAACUUCAUUAGAAGUUAGAAGGCAAACUUAACAAAUUUGA